GCAACUUUAGUGGCUUCUAGGGAAAAUAUGCUUGGGGAGAACUUGAGCAGAGUUAAAUUCCAGGAGUUUGUGCUGUAUAAAAUUGAAGAAUUGGCUGCGGCAACAGGAAACUUUGGCGACGCCACUAAGCUUGGACGAGGUGGUUUUGGGCCAGUAUAUAAGGGCACACUCCCAAACGGUCAGGAAAUCGCAAUCAAGAGGCUAUCGAGAGCAUCAGGACAAGGGCAGCAAGAAUUUAUGAACGAAAUGGUGGUCAUUUGUAAGAUCCAACAUCGAAAUCUCGUUAGACUGCUCGGAUGCUGUGUUGAAGGAGAUGAUAAAAUGUUAAUCUAUGAAUUCAUGCCCAACAAGAGUCUAGACACAUUUCUUUUUGAUCCAGUUAAACGAGUACAUUUGGAUUGGAGAACACGGUUCAACAUAAUUGAUGGAAUUUGUCGAGGUCUACUUUAUCUUCAUAGGGACUCCAGACUAACGAUCAUUCAUAGAGAUUUGAAGGCUAGCAAUAUCCUGCUGGAUGAAGAGCUUAAUCCAAAAAUUUCGGAUUUUGGAAUGGCUCGGAUAUUUGGGGGAAACGAAAAUCAAGCUAAUACACAAAGAGUUGUGGGAACCUAUGGUUACAUGGCUCCUGAAUACGCAAUGGAAGGGCGAUUUUCGGAAAAAUCAGAUGUGUUUAGCUUCGGAAUAUUAUUACUGGAGAUCAUAAGUGGAAAACGGAACACUAGUUUUUAUGAGGAAGAUCAAUUCUUGAGCCUUCUAGGACAGGCAUGGCAGCUGUGGAAUGAAGACAAUAUUCUAGCCCUAGUGGACCCAAACAUUCCUGUUAGAUGCUUCAAGGUUGAGCUUUUAAGGUGCAUAAAUGUGGGGCUUCUUUGUACACAAGAAAGGGCAAAAGAUAGGCCUUCCAUAUCAACUGUUAUCUCAAUGAUCAACGGUGAAAUUGUGGAUCUUCCCCGUCCAAAGCGACCUGCAUUCACCGCAAGGAAAAUAACCAAAGACACAGAUUCCUCCGGACAAAGCCAAAAGACAUUUUCUACCAAUGAUGUUACUCUUACCAUCCAUUCAAGUGCGAGCAUCUUGAUUGGAGAAGAUGGUUCAACAUUAUUGAUGGAAUAUGUCGAUGCCUAUGGAAAGAUUCAAGUUCUCAUCAUGCUAUUUCUGGGAAAAGCAAGAUUGUUCUCUCUCUUUCUAAUGUCUCAUUACGUUGUUAAAUUUUGCAUUAGAGGAGAUGUCAUCACAGCAACUGAGUUUAUCCAGGACCCUGAAAGUAUAACAUCAAGUGGAGGUGUCUACAGAAUGGGAUUCUUUAGCCCUAAUGGUUCUGCAAAUCGCUAUGUGGGGAUUUGGUACGAUGAUGUUCCCACGUAUAAUGUUCUCUGGGUAGCGAACAGGGAGAAUCCAAUUUUCGACUCUUCUGGUGUUGUGAUGAUAUCCGAUGAUGGUAAUCUUGUGGUCAUGAAUGGAAAGAGGGAAUUAGUUUGGUCAUCAAAUGUUCCCAACAACUCUGUAAACAAUGCAAAAGCUCAGUUGUUAGAUUCUGGGAACCUUGUCUUACUCAAACAGAGCUCUAACUCUAGUGCAAAUGAUCCAGAUACUCUCUGGGAAAGUUUCCAGCACAUGACCGAUUCAUUCUUAGCAAAAAUGAAGCUUAUCACUAGCUCAAGAACAAAUCAGAAGCAGGCACUAACAUCUUGGAGAAGCGCUUCUGAUCCAUCAAUUGGAAGCUUCUCGGCGAGUCUUGGUACACAAAACAUUCCUGAACUUUUCAUUUUGAACGGCAGUUCUCUGUAUUGGCGGAGUGGUCCAUGGAAUGGUAAUAUAUUCAUUGGAGUACCUAAGAUGCAAUCAGUCUAUAUUGAUGGGUAUAACCUGUUGGACGAUCAUGAAGGAACAGUCUAUCUGACUUACAGUUUUGCUGAGGCGUCUCAUUUGUCAUAUUUGUUAUUGAAAUCAAAUGGGAAUUUGGUGCAACCAUAUUUUAAUCAGAGUAGCAGCUCCUGGGGGAUUGUUUGGUCAUCUCGGGUGAGUGAUUGUGAUGUCUAUGGCCAGUGCGGACCAUUUGGAAUCUGUGAUGCCAAGAAAUCACCAAUUUGUAGCUGCUUGAGAGGCUUUGAGCCUAAAAACUUUGAGGAAUGGAGCAGAGGAAAUUGGUCCAGUGGAUGCAUCCGGACAUCAUUGUUGCAGUGCAAUGGAACUACAAAUGGUAGCAGUACAGCCGGCAAAGAGGAUGGAUUUUUAAAGCUGGAACUGAUGAAAGUGCCAAAUUCUGGACAUUUUUUUUCUACUCUUGAAGAUGUUUGCCGAGGAAAUUGCUCAAUUAAUUGUUCGUGUGUAGCAUAUGCAUUUGACUCUGGUGUCGGCUGCAUGCACUGGAGAGGAGACUUAAUUGACCUGCAGAAGUUCUCCGAUGGAGGAACAACUCUUUACAUUCGGCUGGCCCACUCAGAACUUGAUGAAAAGAGACAUCUGAGAGAAAUCGUAGCAACUACAGUCAUCAUAGGAACACUCAUUGUCAUCAUCACAAUAUGGUUUGCCAGGAGGAAGGCGAAAAAACGAGCAGUAAAGGAAAGCAAGGCAAAACAUUUGUCCGGUGGAGAAGCCCCUUUAGUGGUUUCUAAUGAAAAAAUGCUUGGAGAGAACUUGAGCAGAGUUGAAUUCCAGGAGUUCGUGAAAUUUAAAAUUGAAGAAUUGGCCGCAGCAACAGAAAACUUUGGUGAGGCCAAUAAGCUAGGACGGGGUGGUUUCGGGCCAGUAUAUAAGGGGAGACUACCAAACGGUCAGGAAAUAGCAAUCAAGAGGCUAUCAAGAGCCUCAGGACAAGGGCAGCAGGAAUUUGUGAACGAAAUGGUGGUCAUUUGUAAGGUCCAACAUCGAAAUCUUGUCAGACUUCUCGGAUGCUGUGUUGAAGGAGAUGAGAAAAUGUUAAUCUAUGAAUUCAUGCCAAACAAGAGUCUAGACACAUUUCUUUUUGAUCCACUUAAACGAGUACAUUUGGAUUGGAGAACACGGUUCAACAUAGUUGAUGGAAUUUGUCGAGGUCUUCUUUAUCUUCAUAGGGACUCUAGACUAAGGAUUAUUCAUAGAGAUUUGAAGGCAGGCAAUAUCCUGCUGGAUGAAGAUCUCAAUCCAAAAAUUUCAGACUUUGGAAUGGCUCGGAUAUUUGGGGGAAACGAAAAUCAAGCUAAUACACGAAGAGUUGUGGGAACCUAUGGUUACAUGGCUCCUGAAUACGCAAUGGAAGGGCGAUUUUCGGAAAAAUCAGACGUGUUUAGCUUCGGCAUCUUAUUACUGGAGAUCAUAAGCGGAAGACGGAUCAGUAGUUUUCACGAGGAAGAUCAAUGCUCGAGCCUUCUAGAACUGGCAUGGAAGUUAUGGAACGAAGACAACGUUUUAGCACUAGUGGACCCCAACAUACCUGUGACAUGCAUUGAGGUUGAGCUUUUAAGGUGUAUAAAUGUGGGGCUUCUUUGUACACAAGAAAGGGCAAAAGAUAGGCCUUCCAUAUCAACCGUUAUUUCAAUGAUCAACAGUGAAAUUGUGGAUCUCCCUCGUCCAAAGCGACCUGCGUUCACCGUGAGGAAAAUAACCCAAGACACAGAUUCCUCCGGACAAAGCCAAAAGACAUGUUCUGCCAACGAUGUUACUCUUACUGAUCUUCAAGGCAGAUGACAUGAUCUGAAUUUUUGCACGAUUCUCACUACAUUCCCUGUUCUUACUGUAUUCAGUUCGACUAGUUUUAUUUUUAGGCACUCUUGCUUUGAAAUGUAUAGAAACGCAAAACGUGAACUAUUUUUUCCACUUUACAGUUUUUUACUACACAUAUUUGUGUCCUCAAAAGUUGGGGUUCAAAUAUUUGGUACCUUCUGUUGGGAA